AGGCUGUAGCAGUACUCCUGGAAGUCUCCCUAAUUUAGCAGCAGAGGAACGAAAACAUCCUCUAGACCUGCUUCAAGACUACACAAUGUCAGAACAUGGAUUUUCUGUAACUGGCCAUUCUGUUGGAAGACCUUUAUCUGGCUCUCCCAGAAGGCCAGACAUCCCAGACAAUCACAGCAAGUCAGCUGUAUCCAAGGACACACCAAACAGGCGGUCCAUACAUCCUGACUCCUGCAAUGUUCAGCUGGAGGUGACUGCUACGGCCCUGAAGAAGGAGGAGGUGAAGGUCCAGUACUGGUCCCCCCGGGAGUCGUACACAGACGUCAGUCAGCCGGGCGGGGACACUCGCCAAGUUAUAUCAUUGGAUCAGAACUCUAAUGUCCAGGAAUCGGCCAGUCUCCACUCAACAGUUCAAAGCAUGUCUUCAUCUCUCUUGUAUCCAGGAUGGAGCAGCUUGUUAUCUGGUUAUGGAGGAGAAAACAGGCGCACAGUCAUCUCAGCUUCCUCUGUAUCAGACAAGGUGAGGAUCUCAUCCCCCAAAAGGAUCGUAGUGAGUUCUCUAGACAAAGGAGACCAGAACCAGACUUAUGCGACCAAUAAGGUAGUGAUUUCAUCACCAAGAAGAAUCUCAGUGAGUUACCCAGACAAAGUAAACAAGAACCAGACUCCUAGGAACCAACACACAAAGUCAUCAACAAGUCUUACUCCUAGUGUUUCUGGUAUGACAAUGUCUGGUAAGCGAGACAUCAGUAAGAGUUACCUCCCCUCAACACAGACAGACUCCAACAACAACAGCAGCGCCCCGAGUUCUGUGGAUGCUCUCAGAACAAUCCAGGAUUUCUUUAUUGCCAGUCAGCAGCAUCUGUCAGUGCUGAAGAAGAACCUUGUGGAUUAUGUAUCCACAGAGAGCAGUGAGUCCUCUGAUGGUGAACAGACGCAAUCCGUGCCGGAUAUAGUCGUCUCCACUGGUCACGUGGGUGUAAAGAGGAAGAUGGAGAAAACCAGUGAAGACAGCGGACCAGCUAAAAGGAAGUGUGACAUCAGUAAGCCUUCUCCGACCCCUGCUGGGUUUAUUGGGCCAAUAGACACAAGGGGUGUUACAACAAAGAGUCCGGACUGUGCUUUAGAUAUACAGAGAUUGACAGAAAGUUUUGAAAGCAAGCAUUAUAGACGGAAAACACAAGAAGAAAUAGUAAGUUACAAAGAAGAACAAACUGUUUAUACUUCUGAACUGAGCACUCAAACCACGCCUAAGUCUGUGGUUUCUUUAAAGUCAAAGAGUCCAAAAAUUUUAGGGAAGAAGUUUGCAAGAACUGUUAUAGGCACACCAACGUCAGGUACCUCUGCAAGAUGUAAAGAUUGGAAGAAGUCACCCAGGUCAUCUAUUUCUGUAAGGAAAUUAAAUGACAUCGUACAGACAAAGACAUUAGAAACAUCAUUUUCCUCUAAAUCCGAACAAUACUCCAGUAUUCAGAAGAAUGUCAGUGAUUCUCCCAGUGUAUUAAAGCCAUCUACAGCAACAUGGCAGCCUUUCUGGGCAAGUGGUGGAAGUUCUGCAAGUUCUCCUUUAAUGGGGAGACAAGAGUAUGAAGCAAAUGAGGAGGAGAAAUCAAGCUUAAAGAGACACUUCAGAUCUGUAAGUGCCCCAGAAAGUAGGUACACAGAAUACUACAGCAGUGUGGAGGUGUCAAACGCUCAGCAGAUGUCUAGUAUCUCGGGAGACUCCACUAGCGUUACUGGGGCUAGCUUGUUACCUCAUCGAUUACGCUUCUAUCAGAAUUCUAGACUCAGCUAUUCACCAUCGACCAGUACGUACAACUGGAAGGAGAACUUUAAGAGGACCUGUAACAGUUAUGGAGAGCCGUACUAUGACUCCCACUGUCACAUUGACUUCCUGUUCAGUCGUCAGAGGUUCUGCGGUUCCUGGAGUCGCUUCAAGGCAGUUAAUCAGGAAACAUUCCCAGACAACUUUGCAGGAUGUGUAGCUGUCUUCUGUAACCCUUUUUCCUUCAAACCUGAUGGACUGUGGAAAGAUGUGUCGUAUGAAGAUGAUGUGUGGCUAGCGUUUGGCUGCCAUCCUAAGAGUGCUACUGACUUCUCUCAAAUGAGUUAUAAUGGACUGAAAGCAUGUCUACAACACCAUAAAGUUGUCGCUCUAGGAGAAAUAGGACUGGAUUACUCAGGAACAUUUCGACAACAUAUGGACGUUCAGAAGAUUGUGUUCAGGAGACAGAUACAGCUGGCCCUGGAAAUGGAGAAGCCUCUAGUCAUACACUGCCGGGACGCUGAGGAAGACUGUCUACAGAUUCUUAAAGAGAUGGUACCUAAGAAUUAUAAGAUUCACUGUCACUGUUUUACUGGUGACUACACAGGAGCGACCCGGUGGAUUGAAGCCUUUCCUAGACUGUUUAUAGGCCUGACUCCAAUGGUGACCUACAGACAAUGUGUCCAGACCCACAAUGUCGCUCGCUAUAUUCCACUCAACAAAUUGUUAUUAGAGACAGAUGCACCAUACUUCUUGCCAAGAAAAAUCCCUAAGGAGGAGAUGGCUUUGUCCCACCCUGGUAUGGCCAUCACUGUAGCAGAGAGAGUGGCCUUCUUCCAGCAAUGUACCGUCCAACAAGUCCUCCAGGCCUGCAGGAACAACAUGAGGGAAAUGUACGGAAUCUAAAACAAAAGGAUAUUUAUAUCAAAUACUCAGAUCAAUCAGACAUUGUUAAUGCCAGAGUUACUAAAUGACAAUGGAAUAAUGUGAAAGCAUUUUAAGGAAAGUCUAGAAUAUGAAAUAUCUUGAAUAUUUACAAGUCAUAAUAUUAUGAAAUUGUUUCACAUCUUUUUCUCAGG